AUGGACAACUAAAAUAAUGAAAACCUAACGCAGAAAACGGAUUGUCGAAGACAUCUGGCAUCGAAUCUACGCAGUGGCGGCAAUGACUGAUAUUGACUUAAAUGACCCUAAAACUAAACGUAACCACGCUGCGGACAAUAGCAUGCACGUUAUUUUCGCAGAGUUUCUGUAGAGUGAUAGAGUUAUGAAUGUAAACAACUGUUGAACAGCUAAAACCGUUACAAAAUGAGGAACUUACAAAUAUUAGUGUUGAGAAAAACGUCGGUAAUAGUCGAGAGGUAAACAGGAAUAUUGCACUGGCCUCGGAACGUUACUUGACCAUAGAUAUAGAAUUUAGGAACAGGCCAAAUUGAGUAACCUUAAAAUCAUAGAUUGCACAGUUCCUAACUUUAUAAUGCGCAUUGAAAAAUUAUUUUUGUAACACAUCUAUACUGACCAAAGAUUGUGUAUGUAGAUCCAAUUCGUGGUAAGAUAUACUUUUACAUUUUCAUCAAAACACUGAUUCGAUAAUAAGUAAUAACAUUGGUGUUUAUUUGAUGUCUUUUUGUACUUGUCGGUGUACGUGUAUUGGAGCUUUGUUUGUCCAAUGCUUCAUUGAAUAUUUGUAACACAUACAUUACUAAGAUAUAUUUUUAAUACUACGUGUGACUGGAUACGAUAUAAUACAAGAGGAAAAAUUAAAUAUCAAUAUAUUUCAAGCUUUUAUAUAAGAACUGUUCAAUUUCAUUACAACGCACGUAUCGUAUUGGUGUUUUGAUGAAAAUAAGUAAAAUCUUUAAUUAAGAAUAGUUUUUUUCACUCAUAUUUUAUAAUUAUAAUUUGUGUAUACAUUUGGUAACUUCGUUAACGAAUAAAAAUGUACAAACUCUUAUUUAAGUUAAUUUUAAAAAAAUCUAUUUAAUUUAUGAAAGAACAAAGGGAAAGCAAUAACAAUAACGUGGGGUAUAUUUUAAAAGUGGUUUAGUGAAAUAAGGGCAAAAUAAAAUUGUGAUACACCGUGAUCUGAUACAAAAGGAAGUGAUUUUUUAAAAUAAAAAUUUUUAUAGUUUGUUGUGAAGUGCGCGCUUAAACAGUUGGGACCGACGAAGUUUGGGUGGCAGAGGAUGUAGAGAUGCCGGCGAGAGAACUAAACGCCUCCGCCUGCGAGGCGCUGAUCGAAGGCGUGGUGUGGGACGACCCCCGAGCACUCACCAUCCUCGUGGUGAUAGCCUUCAUCGACAUGAUGGUGAUAGUGGGCAACUGUCUGGUGAUCGCCGCCGUCUACAUGUCGUCCAAGCUACGCUCAGUCACCAACCUCUUCAUCGUGUCUCUUGCCGUCGCCGACCUGAUGGUGGGUCUCGCUGUCCUGCCCUUCAGUGCCACCUGGGAAGUCUUUCAGGUUAGUUUUACACGUUUUAGUUUAUAUAUACUGAAACGGUGACGCAAGAUCUCACCAAUUAAAACAUAAAUCGA